CAAUACGAGGCUCAUUUCGAUCUCAUCUCAUUCGCCAGUGCGAGAUGAAAGUGCUCCGCUGCUCGGUAUUGCUAGCUUCAGCAGCACUUGUACAAGGAUUUUCUAAGGGAGGGAGCAGAGUAGAGGGUAGCAGUCGAGACAAUUCAAUCGCUCCAGGAUGGAUCUUAGAGUUUGCCAAUGGCGGCUCGACUCAGACACCUGCGACUAAAGGGGGUUUUCCACAGAUCACGUCUAUAUUCCCGGAAAUAUUUACUAACCGGCUACCCAACGUCCGGCAGCGCGAACCACUACGAUCCGUUCCGAUUCAACAGGAAGCAACGGAAACUCCUAUUAAUACUUACGUUCCACCUAUCCAAACGUACCCACAAUCUGAGCAACGAGUAGCAACACUUCCGGAAAUCGCUUCAAUGCCUCGGACUCAACCAAACGAAGUUAUUCAUCAUCAUUUUCAGAUCCCGGCGCCUCAGUCUUCAUUAAGGAGAGUGAGCCAGACUAUUACAAUGCCGCCCAUACCAUCUGUAAACCCGACGUGGACCCAUACAGCAUGGGGUUUGUCGCCGUACACGCCAACACCUGUCGCACCAACAUGGACACUUGCCUCCAUGCCAAAUCCAGAAGGAAUCAACUCCGAGCUACUAACUCACCUCAUUGAAUGUAUCAAACAUUCUCAUAGUUCCGGCAAUUCAAUGUCACACGGAAGUUCACGAAUGACGCCGAUUACGUCUGUGCCAGUUCCGGCACCAGCUCUGGUUUCCAAUGUUCGACCGCAGUACAUUCACCCCCAGCCGCUCUCUAUAUCACAACCGAUUCCGCAACAAAUAUUGCAACAACUACCUCAGCAACAACAAGUGAUUCAGCCGCAGUCACAACAGCAACAGCAAGUUGUCCAGCCGGGUCAACAACAGAUUAUUCGAUCUGGCCCCCAACAACAGAUCAUACAACAUUUACCCCAACAGCAGCAACAACUUAUUCAGCCUCAGACAGAACAUCAACAACAUCGUCAACAACAGAUUCCACAAACUUCCCAACGAAUUCAGGCCCCUCAACAAAUUGCGCAGGUGCCCCAGCAGAUAGUGCACCUACAGCCACAACAGACAACAGUCCAAGUUCAGUCACGUCCUCAGCACCUACAACAGCCACAAGAGGCCCAACAGCAACAGAUUCAGCCACAGCAAAUUCGUCAGACCCAGCCUCAACAGAUUCAACCACAGCAACUUCAGCAGCAGCCUCAACAAAUCCCAUCACAACAGAUUCUCCAGCAGCAGCAGCAGGCACAACAUAACACCUCAUCACUCCCGUUGUUGCCCGGCGUGCAUCCCGCAAGGCCUACAGCUCCCUCACCGAGCGCAAACAACAACCGGUUGCCUGGAAUGCCCUCUCUAAUUGAGAUUAACCAACAACUUCAGCCUGUUAGCUCAUCAAAAACAGGCUAAGCUCAGCAACCAGGCGUCUAACCUUUAAAGUCUGAUAAGCUUAUUAAUAUAAGAAGAAGAUAAUAAUUAAUUAAGCAUAAAACUACCACAAGUACUAUCGAACCGACAUGCGAACGUAGACGCGACUCAGCGAACUAUUUAGCACUUCUUCUAAUGUCAGCAUGACACGACGCCGAAACGACGUCAUAAAACCUUAUCGGCCUCGACUAUAAUUAUGCGAAACUUCUGUUAUUACAACGCUGCCAGUGAUCACAGCGUAAGAAAUAAAGGAAUAAAGUACAUAUUACAUAGAUAUA